CGCGGGCCGCGGGCGCGCCGUGGGGAGGGCGGCUCGGAGAGGGCGCGCUCUCCCGCCCGGGACCCUACCCGAGCGGUGGGGGCCGCGGCUGCGCGGUGCACCGACCUCCUCCGCGGACCGAGGUGCGAGCUGGAAGUGGCGGGGAGCCCACCUCCAGGCGCCAGGAAGUGGGGUCCGGUCCUUAGGAACCCCCUCACACUCACUGCUCUGACAUACGCGGGCACGAUCACCCGGCCCUUGCCUGGAACACUGGCCCCACAUGGUAGAUGAGAGCCGGGACCUCUGGUCAAAGCCGAGGAAUGUGAAGGUUGGAGGUGGGGCUGGACCCAGAGGGGGUGGGGGGUGGAAUAGGACCUGACACCUCUAGGAGUCCCUUGUUAAGUUUCCAGAUUUGGGACGUGAAGCCUCACUUUUCCCCUCUCCCUCAAGCAUGUCCCCAGGCCCCUCUGCACACAGAGGUCUCCCUGCCUGCUGCCUUCCCAGCCUUGGGGAGUCCUAUUCCCCGGCCCCAUUGCAGCGAUUAUCUGUCCAGCAGCCUAGGCUUUGGGCUCUGGACCAGCUGGCCUGGCUCAAGAGCUCUCCCCAGCCAGAGUCCCCCUUCCUCUGGCUAGAGGACGCCCAGCCCCCUCCUACCCGCUCCUCCCCCUGACUCUGCAGCCUCCCUGGGCCCUGCCUGAGCAGGCCUGCCUGGCGAGCUGGGACAUGUCUGGCUCCCGAGGACAGCCGGUGGGCGAUGGCUGCAGAGGCGGAGGGGCUGGAGCCCGAGACAGCGGCUGUAGAAGAUGCUGCAGGAGAUGCUACAGAUGCUGUGGAUGCAAGGCUGGGGGCACCCCCUCUCCUGGUUGGGAACCGGCUGAGCCUGGACCUGUACCCCAGGGGCUGCCACCGGCUGCUGCACCUGUGUGCCCAGCAGGUCCGUCAGUUGCUGGAGGUGGAGUUCCUGCAGCUGAGUGGCCACGAGGACCCUCAGCUGCUGCAGGCCACCCUGGCCCGUCUGCCCUGGAGCCUGCCACGCCUCCGCUCCCUGGUCCUCAAAGGUGGGCAACAUCGGGACGCUCUGGGUGCCUGCCUCCGGGGCUCCCUCGCCACGCUGCCCGCCAGCCUGAGUGGCCUAGCCCACUUGGCCCACCUGGACCUGAGCUUCAACAGCCUGGAGACAUUGCCAGCCUGUGUCCCGCAGUUGUGUGGCCUGGAUGCCCUCCUGCUGUCUCAUAACUGCCUCUCAGAGCUGCCUGAGGCCCUGGGGGCCCUCGCCGCCCUCACCUUCCUCGCUGCCACCCACAACCGCCUGCAAACGCUGCCCGCAGCACUGGGGUCCUUGUCCAGCCUGCAGCGCCUCGAUCUCUCCGAGAAUCUUCUGGAUGCUCUGCCCCCUGAGAUCGGAGGCCUGAGCAGCCUGGCCGAGCUCAACCUCGCCUCCAACCGGCUGCAGGGCCUCCCUGCCUCCCUUGCGGGCCUGCGGUCCCUACGGCUCCUCGUUCUGCACAGCAAUCUUCUGGCUUCGGUACCUGCCGGCCUGGCCCGUCUCCCGCUGCUCACCCGGCUCGACCUGAGGGACAACCAGCUCCGGGACGUGCCCCCCGAGCUACUGAAUGCCCCCUUCGUGCGCCUGCAAGGAAACCCCCUGGGUGGGCCUAGCCCCGGCCCCCACAGUCCUCCAGGGACACCCGUGGUUCCAGAAAUGCCCAGACUGUUGCUGACUUCAGAUCUGGACAGCUUCGCCGUGACCCCCCUAGGCUGCUCUGUGACCCUGGCCUGUGGUGUCCGCCUGCAGUUCCCUGUGGGAGCCACUGCUACCCCUGUUACCAUCCGCUAUCGACUGUGGCUGCCAGAGCCCCGCCUCGUCCCUCUGGGUCCCCACGACUCUCUGCUCAGUGGUGUCCUGGAGCUGCAGCCCCACGGGGUGGCCUUCCAGAAGGACGUGGGCCUGUGGCUGCUCUUUGUGCCCCCCCGGGCCCGGCGUUGCCGUGAGGUGGUGGUCAGGACCCUGAGUGACAAUAGCUGGAGUGACCUGGAGACCCACCUGGAGGAAGAGGCGCCCAAGCGGCUCUGGGCUCGCUGCCAGGUGCCUCACUUCUCCUGGUUCCUCGUGGUUUCACGCCCUGUGUCUGACGCCUGCCUGGUGCCACCAGAGGGGACAUUGCUGUGCUCCUCAGGACAUCCUGGGGUCAAAGUCACAUUCCCCCCUGGGGCCACUGAGGAGCCCCGUCAUGCCCGCAUGCAGGUGGUGCGCGUGGGCAGCAGAGAACUGCCGGCCCUGCUGGGAGAGCCUGAGGCGGCCGCCAGCCCCCUGCUCUACCUCUCCCAGAGCGGCCCCCCAAGCUUCCUUCGGCCAGUCACCGUGCAACUGCCUCUGCCCCCCGGCGUCACAGGCCUGAGUCUGGACCGCUCGCACCUGCACCUGCUGUACCGGGCCCCUCCCGCGGCCACCUGGGACGACAUCACGGCGCAGGUGGCACUGGAGCUCACCCACCUGUAUGCUCGCUUCCAGGUCACGCAGUUCUCCUGGUACUGGCUCUGGUACACCACCAAGACCUGCGUGGGGGGCCUGGCGCGGAAGGCCUGGGAGCGGCUGCGGCUGCACCGCGUGAGCCUCAUCGCGCUGCAGAGGCGCCGGGACCCCGAGCAGGUCCUGCUGCAGUGCCUGCCUCGCAACAAGGUGGACAGCACCCUGCGGCGGCUGCUGGAGCGCUACCGUGGCCCGGAGCCCUCAGACACCGUGGAGAUGUUUGAGGGUGAGAAAUUCUUCGCUGCCUUCGAGAGGGGCAUCAACGUGGAUGCCGACCGUCCAGACUGUGUGGAGGGCAGGGUGUGCUUCGUCUUCUACUCACACCUGAAGAACCUGAAGGAGGUGUACGUGACCACAACGCUGGACCGGCGGGCUCAGGCCGUGAGGGGCCAGGUGUCCUUCUACCGAGGAGAGGUGCCAGAGGAGGUACCUGAGGAGGCGGAGGCUGCUCGGCAGAAGAGGGGUGCAGACGCCCCGUGGAUGGCCACUCUGCCCCUCAAGCUGCCGAGACUGCGGGGAUCCAAGGGCCCAGGGCAGGGGGCUGGCCUCUCCCUGGCACCUCUGAACCUGGGCGACGCCGAGACUGGGUUCCUGACACAGAGCAACCUGCUAAAUGUGGCCGGGCGCCUGGGCCCUGACUGGCCAGCUGUGGCCCUGCACCUGGGUUUGCCGUACCGUGAGCUGCAGCGCAUCCGGCAUGAGUUCCGGGACGACCUGGAUGGGCAGAUCCGCCAUAUGCUCUUCUCCUGGGCUGAGCGCCAGGCCGGGCAGCCAGGGGCUGUGGGGCUCCUCGUGGAGGCCCUGGAGCAGAGUGACCGGCGGGACGUGGCCGAAGAGGUGCGAGCUGUCUUGGAGCUUGGCCGCCGCAAGUACCAGGAGGGCAUCCAGCGCACAAGCCUGGCCCCCGGGGACCUCGGCCCACCUGGCUCUUCAGCAUCACGAUCCCCCGAGCCUGCCCAGACCUAGAACCUACCGACUUUGGGCUGGUCCCUGACAUCCUCUGGCCAAUGGUUAGAUGCUCCCACUUUCAAACUUGCCCUGGGUAUGGGGCCAGUGACCCUCUCCUCCUUGUGUAACAAACGUGCACCAUCCUG